GUGCUUUUCUAGUUUUCUCUUCCCUGCACGCAGGCGCAGCCUCUCUCUCUUUAUCUCUCUCUGCACUCCCAAAGCGUUAAAGCAAACUUCUGUUCCUUCUUAUUAUUUAUUAUGUAUAAAAUCUAAUUAUGAUAUAUUCCGCUGUUGAUUUUCUGCUCGAUUCUUUUCUUCCCUUCAAAACUCUCCCAAAUCCCACUACCACCCUUCCAUAAAACCACAACCUUCUUGGCUAAUUUCGAAUAUCCAUUUGAGUCUCUCUAUCUAAUAUAUGUCUCUGUCCCUCUCGUUUUCUGGUUAUGUUUUGGUGCUUGGAAGCUGGGAUUUUUAGUUUGGUUUAUUGGGUUUGAUUGAUCUUUGCUGGCAAGUGGUAAGGCACGACGGAAGCGGGGAUAUCGUGGAUUUGACGGUGCCAUAUUCAGCGCGUUGAUUCGGCUGAAAGGAAGAAGAAGAAAGGGAUGGAGAAGUACGAGCUGGUGAAGGAUAUAGGAUCUGGGAAUUUCGGGGUGGCCAGGCUUAUGCGCAACAAAGAGACCAAGGAGCUCGUUGCCAUGAAGUACAUUGAACGAGGUCUCAAGAUCGAUGCAAAUGUGGCCAGGGAAAUUAUAAACCAUAGAUCUCUUCGCCAUCCGAACAUUAUUCGGUUCAAGGAGGUGGUACUGACUCCCACACAUCUCGCAAUAGUCAUGGAGUAUGCUGCAGGUGGGGAGCUCUUUGAGCGAAUAUGCAAUGCUGGAAGAUUCAGUGAAGAUGAGGCUAGGUACUUCUUCCAGCAGCUCAUCUCAGGAGUUAACUACUGUCAUUCCAUGCAAAUUUGCCAUCGAGACUUAAAGCUAGAGAACACCUUAUUGGAUGGCAGCCCAGCUCCGCGUCUGAAAAUUUGUGAUUUUGGCUACUCUAAGUCAUCUCUGCUUCAUUCGAGACCUAAAUCAACUGUUGGAACUCCAGCCUACAUUGCACCAGAGGUUCUUUCACGUAGAGAAUAUGAUGGAAAGUUGGCAGAUGUAUGGUCCUGUGGAGUAACUCUUUAUGUAAUGCUGGUGGGAGCUUACCCGUUUGAAGACCAAGAGGAUCCGAGAAACUUCAGGAAAACCAUAAAUCGAAUUAUGUCAGUUCAAUACAAGAUCCCGGACUAUGUUCACAUCUCUCAAGACUGUAGGCACCUGCUAUCUCGCAUUUUUGUGGCGAAUCCAGCAAGGAGAAUUACCAUCAAGGAGAUCAAGUCCCACCCAUGGUUUCUAAAGAACUUGCCCAGGGAACUGACAGAAGUGGCUCAAGCUGUUUACUACAGGAAAGGAAACCCAACCUUUUCACUUCAGAGUGUAGAUGACAUCAUGAAAAUCGUUGAGGAGGCUAAAACUCCUGCCCAAGUUUCGAGGUCAGUAGGUGGAUUUGGCUGGGGAGGAGAGGAAGAGGAAGAGGAGGAAGAAGAAACAAAAGAUAGGGUUGCUGUCGAGGAGGUGGAGGAAGAAGAUGAAUAUGAAAAGAGAGUCAAGGAGGCACAGGCUAGUGGUGAAUUUAAUGUCAGUUAAAAGUUUGUUGAAUGGAUUUUGGCUUCCUUUGUUCUUGAAAAACUUAAAAGAUGAGUGUUUGUCUUGUGUGUAUAAAAAUUGGGUGUUUUACAUUGGACGUGAAUGCUGUAUAUUUUAUAGACAUUGUGAAUUUCUAGAGUAUUGUAGGUGUUAGGCUGUCUUGUGAGCUUGAAAGCAGCAAGAUCUUAAAAUUUAUAUCAUCUGUCUUUUUCUGUUAAGAUUUGCGAUAUCUGAUUUUAUAGAAUUAUGUUAGUCUUGAUUUUAGGGUUC